UAGACCAAUUGCAAAGCUGUGGUCCUGUGAGUCCCUCCCGUGUCGAGAUUGAUGCUUUCAUUGCCCAAUCGUCGUCUUCACCCCGCCUCUUUAGCGUACGCCAGAGGCAGAGCCAGCCAAUCCCUGCCGAGAUAACCCCGGAAGGGACUGGAGGCGGCGUUCGGCGUGUCUGUGGACCCUGUUAAAGGUUGGUGCGAGGGACGCUGCAGGCGGUGGGAUGUCCUUGUCCGGCCUUCUGCGUGGCCUCAAGACGUCCCUCGGUUAUGGCCUAGCCCUCACCCCCCGGCCCUGGGCCACCCGCACCAUGGCCACCCUGAACCAGAUGCACCGCCGGGGGCCUGCAAAGUGGGCGCUGGCCCAGCCAGGCCCCACGGAAGGCCGGCCGCAGCUGAAGGGCGUGGUCCUGCGCACCUUCAUCCGCAAGCCCAAAAAGCCCAACUCGGCCAACCGCAAGUGCUGCCGUGUGCGGCUCAGCUCGGGCCAGGAAGCCGUCUGCUUCAUCCCCGGGGAGGGCCACAGCCUGCAGGAGCACCACGUCGUGCUGGUGCAGGGCGGCCGCACCCAGGACCUGCCGGGCGUCAAGCUCACUGUCGUGCGAGGCAAGUACGACUGCGGCCAUGUGCAGAAGAAGAAGUGACCGAGGGGGCCGGGCGGGCGGGCGGGGUCGGCAGGAACAGAGCCUGCCUCGCCGGGCUCCUUGGGCCGCAGUCCGGCUAUGGAAGCAGCCACCCUUGGGCUCACAUCCUGGCUCUGUCCCUUCCGUCAGAACCGGCCCAUAAGGGUCUGGGGUCAGUUGUUGCGCUUCUGCCAGUCCAGACCCUGUACUCCCUGCCGUCUGCCGGGGAGGGUGGCAAUAAACACUCCUCAGGGACCCUA